AUGGCCUCUCCGCCGCUUCCUCCUGGCAUAGACCUCGAUGAAUCAAGAGUGUCUAGUAUCAUUGGAGCUCUGAGUUUUACGUGGGCGCUUGCAGCUGUCGUGGUCUCUCUGCGUUUUCUUGCACGCCGCCUUCAGGCCAACAAGAUAUGUUUGGAGGAUUGGCUGAUCACAGCUGCACUGGCUGCCGCCGCUGUUCAUGUGUUCACUAGCAUCGGAUACAUGAUACCCCAUGGCACCGGCAAACAUCUGUGGGUUGCACCGCCCUCGGCGACAAAGGCAUGGGCCGUAGGCCUUUUUAUCUCAGAGUUGGCAUACACAGCAACCUUGUCGACAGUCAAGUGGUCAACAUUAGCACUGUACUGGCGCAUCUUCAACACGCGUAGAAGCAUUAGAUUCUUCAUUUGGACAAUGUUCGGGAUCGUCCUAGCAUGGUUUGUCGCAGUGAUACUUGUCACCAUCUUCCAGUGCCUCCCUGUUCAUGCCUUUUGGGCUCGUUACGAUCCGGUUAGCCCCAUGUCGCCUGAUCAGUUCCACUGUGGCGUGGAUGUGAAGAUGUUCUUCAAGGGGAACUCUAUACCCAACAUCAUCACGGAUGCACUAGUCAUCGCGCUGCCGAUCCCCUACAUAUGGCAACUGCAGUUGCACAAGGCUCAAAAACUUGCCCUUGCUUUCAUUUUUGCACUGGGUAUUUUUGUUACCAUAGUAUCAGUGGUUAGGUUAUACGUAAUCCUUUCCGUUGACCUCACGUCUCCAGACAUCACCUGGAAUUUCAUUGAUACAAUCAUCUGGACGAACGUGGAGGCUAACACAGCUAUAAUUUGUGCUUGUCUUCCCACUCUCAAACCUCUUCUCACCUUGGCACUUAGCGGCAAGCUCAAGUCGUCGGCCAACCCAAGCUUUCCCAAUUCUUCCAGCAAUUACAUGUUGAAGGAUCGAUCUAAGCCAACGUCUAGCCGCGUUGGCAAUGUGGGUGGUUCCACAGCAGCACAAAAAGGGCCCAAUAGUCGCCCCUUCGAUGAUGAGCGCCCAUUCACACGGCUGAGUGAGCAAGGCUCGAGUAUUGGCAACGAUGAAGGGGACAGUGGGAACGAGCUCGGUGAUGUCGUACGUGCAAAGGGCAUUUUAGUCACUAGGGAAGUUGAGGUGAAUGGGACCUCCAAAUGA